AUGGGAGGGACGGGUGCUGCUCGCGCUGCGCCUCACGUACGGGGCGAGCCGACGAGCAAAGAGAAAACAGAGUCACAGGGCGAAGCAAACGAACUACGCCCGUGCCAAAUUGGGCAGCUUCUGACUGUUAGGAGUCACGCAUGGCAGAAUUGUGCGGGCGAGUGUGCGCAAAGGGAGUGUGAAUUGAAAAUGGGGGUGAUUGGAUGA